UGGUGCUACAAUGAAAAACAUAGGAUUAGGAUCUAUUAUCUAUAUCGGAUAAAUGAGGGGUGGUGGUGGUGGCAAUGGCAGACCAGAAAGGAGAAGAAGAAGAAACUCAACCUCGCCGUUAAAGGAUCGAACUGAAACUACUUCAUCCAAAUUAUCUUCUUCUCCUCCUUCUUCUUCUUCUUCAUCAUCUAAACUAAGCUCUUCAUCUUCUGCUACCACUCUCAUCGAUGAUGAUGACUCAAACGCUGUUCUAUUCGACUAUUACACUAACCCUAACCCUCGAAGCUUCCCUCACAGUGUUAAACAGAAAUGUUGGGAAAAAGCUGACAAAGUCAAAGGACGUGACCCUGAUCGAUGGCGAAGGGAUCCCCUUGGUAACCUUAUCUUUCGUAAGCUCGUAGGUUGCCCUGGUUGUUUAUGUCAUGACUAUGAUCACAUUGUUCCUUAUUCUAAGGGGGGCAAAAGCACGCUGGAAAACUGUCAAGUAUUACAGGCAAGAGUUAAUCGGUCAAAGGGUAAUCGAACAGAUAUCUCCAAAUCAGAUCUUAUUCAGAAGAGUUCUUAUUGCAGGGUUUCAGGCCGUGAUAUGGAUCUUCUGGAAUUAUCUGCUUUUGGCAAUGUUCAACAUGGACAAGAUACCGGAGGAUGUAGAAUUCAAUAAAGAGAAUCAAUGAGUAUUUAAUACACAUUAAUUUAUUGUGUGGUUGAUUCCCACAGGGUUUGAAUGAUGACAGUUUUUUUGGAGCUUCAUCCGUGCGACUGCAAAGAAAGCGAUGGCAUUGUCAUCUCUGACGUUGAUGUAUUUGUUAGUAAUAUAGGUCUCAUAUCACCAGGACUUAUGUUAGAAAGAAGCAUGGAAAUCAAAUUAGUGUUGGGACAGAAGUUAUGUAAUAUUAGUGGACAAAUCAUAUGGCUCAAAGUUCACACCAUGUUGGAGGUGUAAUGUAAUAAUGUGGUGUUAUUAAUUAGUGAGAUUCAUUUAAUGUUGAAGAAUUUGUUUAAGUACUAACAUUAAUUAUUACAAAUGAGUGAUGUAUAUGAAUGAAACUCAUGAGACUCAUAGACU